CCGUCUUUGCCUAACCCAACAAGAGAUCCGGGAAGAACCAAAACCUAUGAUUUUAUUCAGGUGACAACGUGACAGGUAGUGGCGGUUCCUCAUUUGGUUAUCCCCGGAAACAACCGCGCACGCAAUCGGUGCUUACCAAAUCUUUAAAGAUAAGAAUUUGAUAAUCAAGUUGCAACAUUUCAAACGCCUUUUAAACGGUCAAUGAUAGCCCCUCUGCCUCUGGGAAUGGGGGAUGUUUCUUCGAAACUUCCCAAUUCCUGCGACGUUGUCUUCUCGGGUAGCUAAGCUCCGGCUUUUUCUUGAUUUCUCCGACAUAUUCAGUUUCUUUUGUUUUCCCCAUUGCCCCCACGUGAUUUAGUAUCUGUUGUUAUCUGGGUUUGGGCUAUAUCUUAUUGCCAGAGAAAGAUUCGACCUUCAAGUAAGCAAACAAGCUCUUCUUUUUCUGGGGUGUUCUGCUCAUUUGGGUUUGGAAUCGGUUUCUGAUGGUCGUUGAGGGGUUUCCGGUGAUAUUUGACGCUGCUCAUCUUGUGAAGGCCUCGACUUUCCACGAGGAUAAUAGACUCUGGACCAAAUUUGGUGUGUACGUUGCAUCGGGAAACAUUUUGAUUGGCUACUUAGAGAAUAGCUGUAUUGAUAAUGGACGUGGCAAGAGAGGAAGCAAUCAGUUUUAGGGAUGCAGAAGAAAUGGAUCAAGAAACCUCCGAAGAUACUCCUCUUAGAGAAACCACCCGCCUCUAUAGAACCCACUUUCCAGGGGCCGUGAGGCAAAGGGCCUAUAUAUUUGAUGGGCAAGGGAGGUUUUAUCAUAAGGAGUGGGAUCUAGCUGAAGGAAGUGGCAAUGAAUUUUGCUGGUACCAUGUGGAACUCCCAAAAGGAAACCAGAAGCUGUCGCAAUCCGCCCAGUAUCUCAUUGAUGUUCUUUGCCCGCCUUUGAAGCUGCAAGACAUUCUCUCACUAGUGAGUAAUGGACCAUUUUGCGGACACGUUGAUGGGGCGCUUGUUUUUAGGAUUAACUCACCUGGUCCACCAUCUAGCAACUACACGUUCAGAAUUGCUGCUAGGGUUACGGAGAACUCGGUUAUUACUGUGUCUCUAGGUCGCGUGCCCCGUUUGGGGUUCUCGACGAUGGGUGAAUCUCUUCUCUCGGAAAUUCCUAGCAUAGAAAAUCCCUCUUACACCAGAGAUGAGCAGAAGGAAGGGAGUAUUGUAAUAAAGGAGCAUGUCCUCGAGUUCUUGUUAACGAUGAAUCACUCUGAGGAGGCUGAUAACCCAGUGCCAAAAUCCGUCUCGAAUCUUGUUGUUCACAUUCUGGAUACACAUGUGGAUCACUUGCAAGAUGUUGCUACCAAACUUGAGAUAGACUUGGACUCAGUGGAGCUCGAAUUGGAUAAAGGUGGUUCUGCUUUGAAGAAACAAAUGUUGGAUAAUAGGAGAUUUCCCAAAAUGCAUCUGAAUUUGCAGCGGCUCUUGCAGGUGAUCGCCCAUGGUGAGCAGGUAUUCCCCCGUGUGAAAGAAAAAUGUUCUUCGAAACUGUGGUUUGCCAGCGAAGAUAUCAGCUCUCUCGAAGAAUUAAUUGGACGUUUGAGAAGACUAAAGGAGAACGUGGGAUUCAUAGCAAACCGGGUUACAGCUAUCCAAGCUGGUCUAGAUAGCUGGCAGUCUGAGCAGAUAAACAGGAAACUAUAUUACCUAUCAUUCCUUUCCAUAAUAUUUCUUCCGCUAUCAAUCAUCACCGGAGUUUUUGGCAUGAAUGUGGGCGGAGUUCCAUGGACGGAGCAAAAGGACCCGGCGUUAAAGGACGGGUUCCGCAAUGUGAUGUUGCUUUGUGUGGGAUUGCUAUUUCUUGCGCUUCUCUGCUUCGUUUUCCCAGCUUUGUAUAAACGCUUGGCCGAAUGGCACAGGAAGAGGGUCAUUCAGAGAAGUUGGUCUCUCAACAGGAAGUCGUUUCUCAAGAGAACCCGCGGGCAUGACGAAAGAGGAGGUUAUUUGAGAAUAUGAAAUGAAGUGCGAGUGGCGCUGCUAUAUUUUGGGGCGGUAAAUAUCCUCUAUACUUGGCAAAAUCUUUCCCUCUUUUCGUUCCUAAUUACCGGUUAUCAUGAUUUUCCAUUCUAUCAUUUCUCUCAUCAGUUUUCUUGGAUGGGGUCUCGAACAUUGUGCAAACAACACAGACGAUUGCGCUUUAGUCGCUCCUCAGUUGCUCUCUACACCCUUUUAGUGAAGCUGCAGGUCUAUUGAACCAUUCCUUCAAUUGAGUUUCCCUCUUUUCUUGUAGGGGAUACUUGACCUACUGGUUGUAUUCUUGUUGACAGAUUGUAUAGUGUGUCUCCUUUGCCACAAAUAUACAUCAAUUUUUUAAUUAAGGAAAUCGAGUUGUAUUGCCGGGCCAUUGAAGAAGAAAAA